AUGAUUGCCAUCGGACUCGAAGGCUCUGCCAACAAACUUGGCGUGGGCAUCAUGCUCCAUCCCGAAGAUGGCAGCACCCCGCGGGUCCUUGCUAAUAUUCGUCACACCUAUGUCUCCCCUCCAGGUGAGGGGUUUCUUCCCAAAGAUACUGCACGGCACCAUCGCUCUUGGGUAGUGAAGCUUGUAAAGAGAGCGCUCAGAGAAGCACGCAUCUCAGUCCGUGAUGUGGACUGCAUCUGCUUUACCAAGGGCCCUGGCAUGGGUGCUCCGCUUCAGAGCGUCGCUGUGGCUGCCCGGACGCUGAGUCUAUUAUGGGGCAAAGAACUAGUUGGUGUGAACCAUUGCGUUGGACAUAUUGAAAUGGGCAGACUUAUCACUGGCUCCACCAAUCCUGUCGUUCUCUACGUCUCAGGGGGUAACACACAGGUGAUUGCCUACAGUUCGCAAAGGUAUCGGAUCUUCGGCGAGACCCUCGAUAUCGCCGUGGGCAACUGCCUGGACAGAUUCGCCCGGACAUUGCACAUCUCCAAUGAUCCCGCACCAGGGUACAACAUCGAGCAACUAGCGAAGAAGGGCAAGCAGCUUGUUGAUUUGCCGUACACAGUGAAGGGCAUGGACUGCUCCUUUUCAGGAAUUCUCGCAGCCAUUGACGGAUUGGCUGCAUCCUACGGCUUGAACGGCGAAGAGAAAGAAGAGGAGGAUGCGGGAGAUAAUUCUAAACCCACGCGCGCAGACCUAUGCUUCUCGCUCCAGGAGACCGUGUUUUCCAUGCUUGUUGAGAUUACUGAGCGCGCUAUGGCGCAUGUGGGCUCCAAGGAAGUCCUCAUAGUUGGCGGCGUCGGGUGCAAUGAACGAUUACAGGAGAUGAUGGGAAUCAUGGCUCGCGACCGCGGUGGUAGUGUCCAUGCCACGGAUGAGAGAUUUUGUAUUGACAAUGGAAUUAUGAUCGCGCAGGCAGGUUUGCUCGCGUACAAGACGGGUUUCCGGACUCCGUUGAAGGAGUCGACUUGUACGCAGCGUUUCCGAACAGACGACGUGUUUGUAAAAUGGAGAGAUUAA